AUGCGCUCACUCGUUUUCCUAACUGCUGGUGUGUCCAUUUUGCGCCAUGCCACCGCCUCAUUCGCCGGCAAUCUCAAUUACCACAGUCCAUCACGUCUUGGUGAACAUGUCAAUUUUGCCAUUCAUGUCGACCAUAUCUCUCGGCGAAGCCUGAAGCGUGGCAACAUUGCCUAUGGUUCGUCUGAGCUCAGCUUUACUCAUGGUAUCUCAUCCGGGGACCCAUACCCUGACAGUGUGAUUCUCUGGACGAGAAUCGCUCCAUCCACGGAGUCCGACCAAAGCAAUGUGACGGUUGAGGGGACAGUGCCAGUUUACAACCACGAUACGGAGACGUACAUUGAGGCAGAUGCGAAUCCAAUCUGUGUUGAGUGGGCAGUCUGGCGCCAAACAUACGAAAAUGGUACUCACAGCAACGGAACCUAUGCUGGGCCUGCUGAGUCCAGCGGCACGGCUUAUACUACGAGUGAUAUUGAUUUUACCGUGAAGGCGGAUUACCAGUUUACUGUCUGUGACUCGGACAAUUCGAGCCCUAUUGGGCGGACCAAGACAUCACCAGCUAGCGAUGCAGAUGUCGACGAAGUCAAGCUGGCUGUAUUCUCUUGUUCUAACUAUCCCAAUGGAUAUUUCAAUGCAUAUGGCAACGCCGCUAGGAAAGAUGGCCAGGAUUAUGUGGUACACGUCGGUGAUUACAUUUACGAAGGAGCUGCUGGUGGUAGCCGUGGGCAUCAACCCCCACGCUUGCUGUUUAGCUUGUUCGACUACAGGACGAGACAUGGACAAUACAGAAGUGAUCCCGAUCUGCAACUUUUGGCUCAGAACCACGCAUGGAUUACGACUUGGGAUGACCACGAGGUCGCAAACAAUGGCUACAGGGACGGGUUCAGCGCACUCAACAACACCGAAGAGUCUUUUCGCAAUCAUGGUCCCUCCAUCUCAGUUGACCAGCGGAGGAUGAACACGGUUGAUCUCGACAACAAUCUACGUAUCUGGCGGUCUUUCCAAAUGGGCAACUUGCUGGACCUCAUUGUCAUCGAUACUCGCAACUACGACCGGUCAACCACGGAUCUGGGCUGGAAUUCAGAGUACAUCCAGCUGCUUCGGAAUGAUGCUUCAAGAAGCCUCAUGGGCUCCCACCAGGAGAAUUGGUUUUAUAACCAACUGACCAACUCAAACAAGCGAGGUGCAACGUAUCGGGUCGUCGCCAACCAGAUUGUCUUCUCCCGUAUCCUCGAAAACAACGAGCCGGAUGGUGACAACUGGGAAGGUUAUGUUGCAAAUCGUAAUCGCACACUCAGACACCUAUACGACAACUCCAUAUCCAACACCAUCUUCCUCGCUGGAGACAGCCACCAGAACUGGGUAUCGGAUCUUGCUUGGCUUGAGACCAAACCGUACAAUGCAGCCGAUGGCGACGGCGCGAUCGGGGUUGAGUUCGCCGGGACAGCCGUUAGCUCUACCGGCAAUCGCGGACUGAUUCUCGACACCCAGGCCGACGCGCAGGUCGUGGUUGAGGAAAAUGAGUCCUUACAGUGGCAGGAUGGUUACUAUCGUGGUUAUUUCAUCCUGUCUCUCACCCCUGAGCGAGCGACCGCGCAGUACUUUGGAAGUCCCAGCGUUGCCACUCGCAACUCAUGGGAUUUGUCUCUUGCUAAUUUUACCAAGGAAGCCGGGUCGAACCGUCUGACGAGGCCCGUGGCGGGCGGGACUGUCGAGGCCGGGUUUCUGCGAGGCGGGGAGACGGUACACACCAACCUGACACUUAACACUGAGACAGGAGAAUACGAGGUCAUUGGGUUUGAGACAAUGCACUUGACGACAUGA